AAUUUCAGAACGAGACAUCUGACUAUCCGCAUGAAGCUAUCCGCAUUCGAAUUUCGAAUUUUCAUGUUGCUUGGAGGGAGUGUGGAUGUUGGCACGGAGACGGCGACUCGAGCAAAUGUUAGAUUUUGUCGAUAAGUCAGAGUGGGACACUGUUGUGAUUCUCUAUGGUGAUGAUAUUCGAUGACUUUUGCAUGGACUGAGAAGAUACCGCUACGAAAAGAGCGUUUUUUCAUGUCGUUCUAAAAGCGCUUUUCUCGUUGAUAUUUAUUGCUGGGUCGCGAUUUAUUUGAAAAGCUGGUAAGAUGGCGAAGGUGAUAACCGAUGAUCAAUAUAUGGAUGCUAUCCAAAAAUUUUUCAAUAAGAAAUUAAAACAGUUCCAAGAAGCAGGUGGCUGGGAUGUAGUCAAUGAAAAAGCACAACAUUGUACCUAUAACCGUUACCUGGACAUUGGAACUGAAGAUUGUGAAAACACAGCAAAACUGAUUGAAAGUUUGAUGGUCACAUUGAAGACAAUGAGACGUGAAAUGCAUGCUGAAGUUGAGCGUUUAGAGGCCAGACAGCUUGAACACGCUAAUUUUACAAAAAUGGUUGAAAUUACUGAUAAUGUGACAAAGAAAACAGAGAGUAUCUCUGAGAGCUGCACAAAAAAUACGAAUGUGGAUGACGAGUUGAUCGAAGGAGUAGAUCAAGUUGUUUCGCAUUCCUCCAUCCCUGUUGUCAAUUUAGAAGCGCCCGCUUCAGGAUUGCAAAUAUCAGCAAGCACUUCAAGAAGUAAUCAGAAAAGUACUUUCAAACAAGCACAACGAGAAACAAUUAAAAUAUUUGUUGAGAAAUUGUAUAGACCGCCAGCAUCCCUAACAGGCUCAUUUACGGUAGAUCAAGAUGAAGAGACAGUAACGUUUUUGGAACCAAUGCAUGUUUUGACUUUCGAAGACACAACAGUGGAUGGCAUUGUAAGAAGCAAGGACAACCUGGACCAAAUAACAAAUAGCUCGAAGAAAGGAAGUAUAGAACCAGUACGCAUAUCAGAACCUCCGGUAAUGAAGUCCGAACUUGCCAAACAAUGGAUUCGUGAAGUUGCAAGGAAAAUGCUUUGAAAGUUCAGUAUAAUGUAUUCUUUUUUGGUAUACUCUGUUUACCUAAGGCUCAGGAAGUUGUCUCGGAGUUCUUGAAACGGAAUUUCCACAUUCGCACUCACCAUAAAACCUACCACACUGUCAA